AAGGUACUCUGUGGGGGCAAUAAUUGGAUAUUAACAAUGAAUAAUACAUAUUACAUUUGGUUUAAGUAUAACAAUAAUUAUGUGUUUUAGUGUAUUAUUUUAAAUAGAUAUGGCGUAUCACUAAGAAAACUAGACUUGCACCAGUCAGAAUUCUUAAAAACCUCACUUUAAAAUAAGCAAAACUUACAAGUUCCGAUGUCUGAAUAUUUUGAUUAUUACCAGCGCUGGGAGCCUUUGGCCGAAUUUAAUUUUAACCUCAAUGACGAGGAUUCGGAAUCAGAUGAUGAAAAUUAUUUGUAUUGUUUGUGUAGCAGAGUUUAUUUAAGAGAUGAACUGAAGACAUACUAUGUAGAUAAAGAAUAUGUUAGUGAGAGUGAUAUUGAUGCAGCCCAAGUAUCACAGAGCCAUGAGUUUGAAGAUCACUCACAUGUUCAUUUUUCACUUGAUACUUCAGAUAAAGUUAAAUGUGAGAAAGAUGACAAUGCAAGCUGUUAUUGUAGUGCAUCCCAUACAGAGAACUAUUGUUCUACUGAUGAACUAGAUCCCACUCAAUUACAAAGUCUAGUGACACAUCCAAUACAGCCUAGUGACAGCGGAGCUGAUUUAACUUAUCAAGAUUAUCAUUCAGACUAUACAACUAAUGAUAAGUCUGAGAAACUUGAACAAGAGCAAAUAUUGGCAGAGGAAAAUUAUUUAACAGAAGGUACUUGGGAAAAAUUCUGGGCUGUUAAUGGAGAGAGAAUCAUAUGGGCAUCAUGGAUAAAAAAGUAUAGUGAUUAUAUAAACCCUGCUUAUUUAAAUGAAAAUAAUGAUAUAACUAGCAAUGAAAGCACUAUAUCUAAAGACAUUUCAGCUGAACAGGUUUCAUUCAAAGAUGAAUUUUAUUCCAAUAUAAAAAAUGCAGGAAAGGGUAGAGAAAGGAAACUGUCAUAUGACUCAAAAGUUAACCCUUAUAAAAAAGCACAUAAAAAUGAUAGCUCCAGUGAAAGAAACAGUAUAAGUAAUAAUAGUGAAAAACAACUUAACAAUAAUGAAGGUGUAAAUGUCUUCAACAGAAGAAGGUCAUGUUCUGAGCAUGAGAGAAUUAUUAGCCCUUGGACAAUACAAGGAACUGAUUCCAUGACUAAUGUCACCAAGAUUACUAUGUCCAGCUAUGAUGCUACAUCUAGUCAUGUCACUUCAGAAUCAUCACCAACUGAUGACUUUAGUGUGACAUCAUCUACAUCAGACGAACAGUUCAAUGAUCAAACAAGAAUAGCAAAAGUUGAUGAAAAAUGUGGGCUAGAUGAAUUACCAGAGUUGGAUACAGAGCAAUACUGGCAAUUCUUAUGGAAAAAACACUUUGGAGAAGUGUAUGCCUUACAUUAUGCUAAUUAUAUUGAAUACCAUAGUACUUUUAAUAAUCAGAAAGAAAAUAUAAAUGUUGAUCAUCCAGCAAACAAAAAAACUGAAGAAUUAAAGUGUCUAGAUGUUGAUUGCGAAAACAGUGAAGGGAAUUCGCAAGAAUUACCUUCAGUGAUUGAAGUGACAGCUCCAGUUAAUCAAGUCGAAUUAAAAGUGAAUAUCAAUAAGUCUAAAAAAAAUAAAAAUAGAUCUAAUCGUGUUUUAAAUUCUGUCGGUGCAUUAUUAAAAAAUUUGCUUCAUGAGGAAACUUUAAAUGCUGAAUGUGAUAGAGAAUCUUUAGAAAAUCCUCAUAAAUCACGUAAUGUAGGUAAUGCUACUGCAAAAGAUGAAAUUCCACCAAACUUCAGAUGCUCUUCUGUUUCAUGUUACAGUGAACCUGGAAUAAAUGUGACAGAAACAGUUGCUCAUAAUACACCUGAAACACAAACUGAAAAUCAUAGUGAACUUAACUAUGAACAAGACAGCAUACUAACAAAAGACUGCCUGAUAAAACAUGAGUUGAAGAGUCAGCUGUAUGCAUUGAAAAUAGGUGAUUGUAAAGAAAUAGAUUGUACACAAGAAGACACAUCUAGCAACACAAAUGAGCCAGUGGAUGCUGGUGACAAUGAUAGUAAUGACACAAAUACAAAGCACAAUGAAGCCACAGAUACAGUUUCUGCCAGCAGUAAUAUAGCAAACAUUCAACAGGGAUCAAAUGAUAGCAAUACAUACAAUUAUGAAGGAGAUGGUGAUGAAAACCCACCUGAAGAAAGAGCUGUCACUCUGAAAAACAGUCAUGAAAUAGAUGAAAGUGUAAUUUUCAAUGAAAGAGUGAAUUCAACAUUUGAAAUGAUGGGAUUUUCAUUCGACCACAGUAAAAUGCCACUGGGUGAACUAGUUUUCAGAAAACGUUUAAGGAAACUUCGACCACCCAGAUACAAAAAACCGAAGAAGAUUUACUUUGAUGAUCAAGGCAACCCUUGUAGUGAUCAGGAAUAUGAUCAACAAGAUAUACUAACAGAAGAUGAAGGCCCUGAAAUUCAAUCGGAUUGUGAAAAUAAUAUUAAGGAAGUGAUAAAUGAAGAAGUGCCAAAACAUUCAGACAAUAUUGCAAACACACAGGAAGAUGAAGAACUAUUGAAAGAUGUUUGCAUUGAUAAAAGUGAGAACAUCGAUGGGACAGAAUUAGAAGGUGACAAGGAGAGCAGUGAUAUUGUUGAGAACAUUAAUAAAACGAAACGACGUAAGAAACAGAAGCGUUUGAAGCACAUCGAAGAUUGCAAUGCAGAGCACAUACCAGAAGAGUUAAGAGGAGAACCCAAGUUGAUGAAGUAUUGGAGUAAAAGACAUUCCUUGUUCCACAGGUUCGACGAAGGUGUGAAGCUAGAUCGUGAGAGUUGGUUCAGUGUUACUCCGGAGAGCGUGGCACGUCACAUUGCGCACAAGUACAGAUACGAGAGCGUAGUGGACGCGUUUUGUGGCGCCGGCGGGAACACUAUCCAGUUCGCGCUCACCUGCGACAAAGUGAUAGCCAUCGAUAUAGACCCAUUGAAAGUCGAAAUGGCCCGCCACAACGCACAAGUGUAUGGUGUGGAAGAUAAAAUAGAAUUCGUUGUGGGUGACUUCUUUGAGUUAGCACCAACCUUGGCGGCAGAAAUGGUGUUCUUGAGCCCGCCCUGGGGUGGACCUAAUUACUCUAACAAUGUUGAAUACGACAUCGAGACUAUGCUAGCACCACAGCCUGCGUCGGAGCUGGUGCGAGUGGCGAGGGGCAUCAACACUAACGUGACGCUGUAUUUACCCCGCAAUUCUAAAACUGAUCAAAUUCUGGCGAUAGGAAAACAAUAUGGCGGCACAGUUGAAAUAGAACAGAGUUUCCUUGACAGAAGAUUUGUAGCUAUUACAGCAUACUUUUACUAGUCCCAAGAUCGAGUUCCACUAAUAAAUUAUAAUAAUAACACUAAUAGUAUGUACUAUAUUAUUAUUUAUCACUUCUUCAAUUUAUAUUUGGAAGUAUUUCCAGAAAAACUUUCCAAAUCACAAUCAUGUCGAAAUUGAGUUAAGAACACAUAAUUGGUCACGUCAUUCAUAUUAACGGACAAAAAAUGGCAGCCUCACUGUCACUAGAAGUAGCCCAACCCAACAUGUAUGGAAUACACUAAUAUUUCUAAACUUUAAACAUGAAUUCUUUAAAAUGUGAUGUUUGUGGCUUGGAACGUUUUUCAGGAAUUACGUGCAUUUGUAAAGAUGCUUAUAGCAAAGUUAAUCAAUGGCAAUCUAUUAAUACAUAACUAUAGAUAGUUAUUGUCUGUGGUUUUUACAUUUUAUCACAUAAAUCGAUGUUCUACUUAUAGUGUGUUUGGAAAAAAAAUAUGAACUGUCGAUAAAAUACAUGUCCCGUUUUUGUAUGGAGUGUGGUUUUUUUUUUGCGGUCACAUAACAAAACUGCGAUGCCCUAUGAAACAUUAAAUUAAGUAGUCUUAAAAAGCUACGUCGAUAAUUUUAAACACCUGUGUUUAUGUUAAAUUAUAUAUCAAACAUUUCUUUUAAUACUGCCUGUAUUAAAAAAUAGCAAAAAUUUAUAUUCUUAAUAUAAGUUUUAUGUCAAAAUUGUAUUUAUGAUAUCUGCCUUCAACUGUCAACAUAUUUGUAUAAAAAAACGUAGAAGACUGUUCAUCUUCUAUCUACGGUGGUGAGGGAGACCUGCUCUCAUUUUGACAAAGAGUAUAAUAAUACUUAGGGAAAUGACCUCCCUUUGUGUACCGCUUCAGUAGUUGUUUCGAUUUUACCACCCUAUUCUUUUUUAAAUUAUCAGUUAAGAUUAAGAGUCCUUAGUCAUCUUUUAAAAUACGCAACAUGGUUCUAGGUGCUAUCUUCAUCUCCUUUCGACAGGAUUUCUUCUAAUUCUUUCCCUUACUGCUUUGACCACCUUUUUCGUACGAACACUACGUGGACGGACAGAUCUUUUUCUGCCACAAACAGAGUUCUCAUUGUACCUAUAAGCCCGGUACACCAACAUUUUACUAAUACGAAGCGUAUGGAGUUCUAGAAAUUGCAUUUGGCUCCAUACCUACUUUGUGUAAUGCAAUCUUAGCGAUUCGGUUCUCUUUAUCACCCCACUCCAUUCUAAUAUCGCAAAAUAUUGUACAAUUAUUGUAUUGGCGCCAAAAUGAGAAAACUCGAUGAACAAUCGUAUAAAAAUUCAAAUGUAAUAAUUUAUUUAUUUUUAUUUGUAACAAUGUGUAUGUUGCCAUGCUAAGUAUUUUUGUUUUGCUAUUACCAUAAAUAAACCAUGUCAGUUUAAUUUUUUUUUUUGAAAAUAUGGGACAAGACGUGCAGGACGUUCAGCUGAUGGCAACUGAUACGCUAUACUGAGCGGCACUACAACUGCGCUCGUCACCUUGAGAAAAGAUGUUAAGUCUCAUUUGCCCAGUAAUUUCACUAGCUACGGCGCCCUUCAGACCGAAACACAGUAAUGCUUACACAUUACUGCUUCACGGCAGAAAUAGGCGCCGUUGUGGUACCCAUAAUCUAGCCGGCAUCCUGUGCAAAGGAGCCUCCCACUGUUUGACAAAACAACUUCAAACUCAUACCAAAUAAAAUGUGAACGAAAAUUUAACGCCAAGGGAUCUCAUACAAAUAUAAGCAUAGGUACUAUUUAAUUCUUAAAAUGUUUAUAUAUAUUUUUCAAAAUAUUAAAAAUUUCGUCUCGUCUAUAAACCCGGUUUACAGAAUUGAUGUUGAAUCAAUUUAUUUUAAUUGAUGUCUGUCUUCUAGAAGGUGUCUUGCAAAUAAUUAGUGAUAUAAUGUAUUUAAUAUUCUAAUGUUCUAUUAUACUACAGGUGUACAUAAUGUAAAAUUUAUAUUAUAAAAUGUGUAUAGACUUAAGUAUUUGAAUUAAUAAUUAGUUGCCCUUAUGACGUAGAUCAUUUGUACGUCUAGAUAGACUAUGACAGAUGUAAAAACGUCGAAUAAAAUUGAGUUUAGAACUAACCUCUAUUUUGAUCAAUGCACGCAACUAACACAAAGUGACAUACAAAUCACGACUAGCUUGUCACGCACACUAAACUAAUAUUCCUGGCCAGUUCUUAUCGAUUGUCUAACUACAAGAGACUAUCUAGACGUAUAAAUUAUACACGACAUAAAUCAUAAAAAUCCAUCUGAAGGGAUGGUCUGUUGUUUGAUCGUGAUUUUCUUAUAAUAAUAAAAUCAGUGUACACAUA